AGAGACGGACGUGUUAUUUCUGCUUCCUGUCACACUGACUCUCUUCUCUACUGACAAAAGCAAUAAAGAAUCAGUCAUCAGUGAAGAACCAAGAGAAACACUUUACAGAAGGAUCUUUGUGAAGUUUGUUUCUGAAUAGACAGCAGAUGUUUGUGAUUCUGGUGGUGAUUCAUUCUUUAAACUGUUGUUCAGAAAGUGAAAGUAACGUUUAGAUCGCUGGAGCUCAAAGACUGAAAAUGGCUUCUCUAUCUGAAGAUGAUUUUUCUUGUCCUGUAUGUCAUGAAAUCUUCAAGACUCCUGUUCUUUUAUCAUGUAGUCACAGUUUCUGUAAAGAGUGUCUUCAACAGUCCUGGAGAACCUCGAAAUCUCAGGAGUGUCCCGUCUGCAGGAGAAGAUCCUCAAGAGAUGAACCUCCAUUUAAUCUCGCAUUAAGAAACUUGUGUGAGUCGUUCCUGAAGGAGAGAAAUGAGAGGCGUUCAUCAGGAUCUGAGGAGAUCUGCAGUUUACACAGUGAGAAACUCAAACUCUUCUGUCUGGAGGACAAACAGCCGGUGUGUUUAGUGUGUUUUACUUCUCAGAAACACGUCAAUCACACAGUCAGACCAAUCGAUGAAGUUAUUCCUUCAUAUAAGGAGGAGGUCAAUACAGCACUGAAAUCAUUACAGGAUAAACUUAAACGAAAAGAAAGAAUGAAAGGAGAGUUUAAGAAAACAGCUGAACACAUCAAGUCUCAAGCUGAGCACACAGAGCGUCAGAUUAAACAGCAGUUUGAGAAGCUUCAUCAGUUUCUCAGAGAUGAAGAAGAAGCUACAAUCACUGCACUGAGGGAGGAAGAGGAGCAGAAGAAGCAGAUGAUGAAGGAGAAGCUGGAGGAGAUGAACAGACACAUCUCAGCUCUUUCACACACAAUCAAAGACAUGGAGGAGAUGAUGAAAGCCAGUGACGUCUGCUUUCUGAAGGAGUUUCCAGUCUCAAUGGAAAGAGUCCAGAUCUCAUCACAGCCGGAUCCACAGACGCCUUCUGGAGCUUUGAUUCAUGUGCCACGUUACUUGGGCAACCUGCCCUUCAGAGUCUGGAAGAAGAUGCAGGACAUCGUCCAGAACACUCCUGUGAUUCUGGAUCCAAACACGGCUCAUCGAUAUCUCCUUCUGUCUGAUGAUCUGACCAGUGUGAGACGGAGCGGUCAUCAACCUGUUCCUGAUAAUCCAGAGAGAUUUGACUGUGAUCCCUGUGUUCUGGGUUCAGAGGGUUUUAACUCAGGAACACACUGCUGGGAUGUGGAGGUUAAACAGUGUUUAUCCUGGAGUCUUGGAGUAACUACAGCAUCAAACCAGAGGAAGGGACGGGGUUUCUAUAACACUGAUGUCUGGUGUGUGUGGUACGGAGUGUCUCCAUGUUCUGGUUUUGGUGUUAAACGUAAGCUUGAUCGUGUGAGAGUGAAUCUGGACUAUGACGGAGGAAGGGUGUCAUUCUCUGAUCCUGUAACUAACACACAUCUACACACAUUCACAACCUCCUUCACUCACACACUCUUCCCUUUCUUCUGGUGUUCUUCCUCUCUGAGGAUCUUAUCGAUCAAUAGUCAGUAAUCUGUAGAUCUGGAUCUUCCUGCUUUCAUCUUUCAUCAUGUUUCAAUAUUUAAUCCAGAUCACACGAGUAAGAGACUGUUGAUCUGAACAUCAGAUCAGAAAACAAGAACAUUUAUUCAUCUUUAAAAAUGAAAAAUUAUUAAAACGUGAUGAAGGGUUCACUCAGAACACCCUAGCAACCGUGUAGCAGCGCUCUUGUCAGUGAUCUGUGUGUUUGUGUGUCUGAGAGAAACAGCAGCGACUCAAAACUGUUCACACUUUAAAACCACUUCAAACCGCUUCAAACUACUUUCAGAGCGUCAGGCUGGACUUUCUCAAGACGACAUCAAAGAUUGUCUAUAAACGUCUUCAUCGAGUUCAAGCUGCAUGAUAAUAUCAUAUUGUGUGUAGUAUUGCAGAACUGAAAGAGUCGAUUCAACACAUUUCAGUGUUUGUUGUAAAUGAAUAAUUGUUUAUUUCAGUUCUAGAGAUUAAAUUAUUGUCUGUUUAUUGAAGUAAAUGGAUGUAAAAGGUUCUUGAUCCACAACAAUGUUGAAUGAAAUAUUAAUAUUUAGUCAGAAAUACUUGAUUCAGCUGUUUAUGAAUCUGAUUCUCAGAUCAAAUGAUCAAAUGAAACUGAAAUCUCUGAUAAAGUCUGAAUCAGUUUCACAACAAAUAUUAAUAAUCGCUUCUAUAAACUAACAAUGUGUGAUUUCAUGAUUUCAGUCAUUUUCAGUUUGAAACAAAGUUUGUCGUGAUAAUUAGGAUUUAAAUUGUGGUAAAAGUCUGGGAAAUCUGAUUUAAAAAAUUUUUUUUGUUUUUUUUGUUCCUGCAAUGAAAUAUUCAAAUAUUAAAGUCAUAUUUAUUUCUAUAGAGCUUUAUAUAACACAGAUUGAUUCUGCAGCUUUAUAUUAAUAAACAGGAAAAUAACAGCAUCAAUGUUGCAAAUUUCUUAAAUUAUGAACAAAUAAAUUCAGUUUUAAGUUCAGAUAUAAAGCAGAUCUUCAGAAGACAAUAUAUCGUGUGAUUAUUCAGAUGAAUUUAAACAGUUCCAGAUGAAGUCAAAGUAAAUGAAUAAAUGACUGUAAUAGAAAUCCUUCAGCUGCUGAUGUGAAAUCAGUGCAUCUUUACUGUCAUCUAGAGCUGAAACUGAGAAACUGACUGAAAAUAUCAGUGCAUUUA